AUGGUCAGAGUGAACUCGUUUCUGCUUUGCUUUUCUCUUGAAAAGUAUGCAAAAUUUAUUGGAUCGCUUACGAUAACAAUGAUGGGAUUCUUAUCAAUUUUCAGUCUUGUUUUGUUUCUUCGAGAUUGUAUCGUUGCAAUAAUUUCGGCGGUAGUUUUGUUUCUGUCUUUAAUUGUAAUUUACAUUAGUAGAGAACUUCUAACAGGUGUUGAAACUAAUUCAUUAAACAGCAAAAAUUUAUCCAUGGGGAAGUUGAAAUGUUGUUGA